AUGGGUUGAAUUAAGCGGCAAUCCAUGGUCGAACUGUUUUUUUUCUGAAGGGCCGAUAAACCACGUUCUCCCUCUUUCCUUAGUUAAAGAUAAGUGGUUAAAAACGAGAUCGUUAAACGUAAGAGGAUCCGACCGACAGAAGUUCGUCGCUGGGUAGAUGCGCGCGCACGCAGCUGCUGCGCGUGUCUGUCCCUCUUCCACGCACGCGCAGUGUUGCUGACACGUGUUCCGGGGAAGUUGCUAGAGGCCUUUAUGUAGCUGUAGCAGUGUCGUAAGGCUGCAUCCAGCCUUCGUAACCUUCUGGUCCUCCAACAACCACACAGGCUGAGCCGAAAGGUCACUGAGAUGGUACCGUCUGUCCUACGGGGGACUUCCGGCUUGCAUCAGUGCUCCCGUCGCUUAGCAACCUGCUGAGCUACAUGGACCCAGGGGGGUUCAGGUGGCGGAGCUGGUGGUGGAUAACUGUCGCUCCAGUGACGGAGAGGUGGAGGGUCUGUCGGAGGAGUAUGUGGCGCUGGAGGUCCUCAGCAUGGUGAACGCGGGCCUCUCGUCACUCGCCAAGCUGCCCUCGCUGCCCAAGCUUCGCAAGCUGGAAGUGAGUGACAACACCAUCACAGGAAAUCUGGACGCAGUGGCAGAGAAAUGUCCCAACGUGGCGUACCUGAACCUGAGCGGGAACAAGAUCAAAGAGCUGAGCAGCAUUGAGCCGCUGAAGAACUUGAAGAACCUGAAGAGUCUGUACCUGUACAGCUGUGAGGUUUCCACGCUGGACGACUACACGGACGCCGUCUUCGAGCUGCUUCCUCAGCUGACCUUCCUGGACGGGUACGACCAGGAGGACAACGAGGUGCCGGACUCGGAGGCUGACACCGAUGACGAUGAUGUCGCUGGUCCACAUGGAGUCGAUGAUGAUGAUGAUGAUGAGGAAGAGGAAGAUGCUGACAGCUCUGAGGGAGAGGAGGAGGUCGGCCUGUCGUACCUGAUGAAGGACGGAAUCCAGGAUGAGGAAGAUGAUGGAGACUACGUAGAAGAAGAGGAGGAGGAGGAAGAGGAAGAAGAAGAAGAAGACGGAGAUGUGGAUGGUGCAGAUGUUCAGGGGGAGAAGAGGAAGAGAGAUGCAGAGGAUGAUGGUGACGAUGACGACGAUGAAUAGUUGCUGACCCCCCCCCCCCCCCCCCCCCACUCUAGUGACCUCUGACCCCCCCAGACAGACAGACAGGAAACAGAGAGUGUGAUCAGACCUCAGAUGAAGUACUUCUGCUGUCGUACUCAGUACUUCGACCGAUGUUCUACUUCCUGUUCGAGUCUCUUUAGUAUUAAGCAAACAUUAAUCUGCAUCUUGUUGUUGAUCAGAAACCUGCAGGCCCCCUUGUACCCGUCCGCCAAAACAGCAACUAUGUUACCCAUGAGCCUCAGCUCUCUGCUCCAUGUAGCAGCAGUGCAUUCUGGGAAGAUUUUUAAACCAUCCCAACCUGUUGGUCUGUGGGUCUCUGAUCCUCCUGGUUUCUGUGGGUCCUGGUCUUUGUACAUAGUGGUUUCUGUAGGUGUGAAUGUUGAAUUGGUUUAUUUUAUAUUUUUACUCCGGUCUUCUUCUUCUUCUUUUGUCGUAGUUUUGAGUUUAUUUUCAAUAAAAUCAUAAAAUAUCAA